AUGCCGUGGUUGCCAGGACGAAUGCUGUUGCCGCGGAAUGCAGGCAAGCCGGAUCAAAGUGGAAGUCAUGUGGAACAUGCUUUCAGCAACCAAUGCCUGCUUCGGACAUUUUGGACACCGCAAGCCAAGAAGGAUGAGCAGACACUCUCUGCGCCAGCAGACAGCCUCCAUCAGCUUCCCAGAACAUGGGAUGGUGGCUUAAAGAGAGUGCGCGACAGAAGGGCUGAGCAGGGAAGGCUGAAGGCCAAAGCUUUGCUGGGAUUCAGCUUUUCAUUUGCCCAGGCCGCCAGGCAUCCCCGCCCCCCCCUCAACUGCCAGGACUUCAAGCUCCUGUCCACGCUCACCGACGCCAGCUACGACAUCUACGCAGUGGCGUGGUCGGGCAGCCUCCUGGCCGCCGGUGGCGUUGACAAUAAAGUGCGGGUCUACGAUGCUGAUCAGGACUACAAGCUCCUGUCCACGCUCACCGACGCCAGCAACACCAUCAGAGCAGUGGCGUGGUCGGGCAGCCUCCUGGCCGCCGGUGGCAGUGACAAUAACGUGCGGGUCUACGAUGCUGAUCAGGACUACAAGCUCCUGUCCACGCUCACCGACGCCAGCUACGACAUCUUCGCAGUGGCGUGGUCGGGCAGCCUCCUGGCCGCCGGUAGCUAUGACAAUAACGUGCGGGUCUACGAUGCUGAUCAGGACUUCAAGCUCCUGUCCACGCUCACCGACGCCAGCGACUACAUCGAAGCAGUGGCGUGGUCGGGCAGCCUCCUGGCCGCCGGUGGCAGUGACAAUAACGUGCGGGUCUACGAUGCUGAUCAGGACUACAAGCUCCUGUCCACGCUCACCGACGCCAGCAGCAACAUCAUCGCAGUGGCGUGGUCGGGCAGCCUCCUGGCCGCCGGUGGCGUUGACAAUAAAGUGCGGGUCUACGAUGCUGAUCAGGCAGUCUGCGCAUCAUAA